CCAGUGAAGGACUCACCUUGUGAGUACGUCAAAAUAUAUAGACAAUGUUGGAGAGAUGAUCCUAUCAAACGACCAGAUAUACACGAAGUCUUGAAUAUUUUGUUAAAUAUUGAGAUUCCGGAUAAUCUAUCAAAUGCAAUUAAUAUAUCGAAUGGAAUCGGUAUUGUGAGCACGAGACCAAUAAAGACGAGAGGUAAUUCUGAUGAUAAAAUAUUGAAGGAAGGUUCGGAUGAUAAGAUACUGUCGAGUUCUCCGACCGAAAGCGCGAGUAGCGAUGGAACCCUAUGUUCAAUCACUGAAGUUGAUCAGCUACCAACAAACAACGAUAAAAAAUUGUCGACGGAACUAGGGAAAAAAAAGCCGCAGGUAAACCUUGGAGGGAAAAGAUUGUCGACGGACGUAGGAGGAUGUAGGAGAUUAGGAUGCAGAGGGUUGUCAGUGGAGGUGGGGAGCAAAAGGUUGUCUGCGAAUUUGGGAAGUAAAAAGUCGCCGACAGAUGUAGCGAGUAGAAACUCAUCGAUCGAUGUAGGAAGAAAGUUAUCGACAGAAACAGGCAAGAUGAAGUCUCCCACGAAGGAAACUGUAAGAAAGAAAUCCUCCCUUGAUGUAAGUGAAAAGAAACCUUCAAAUUCUGAUGUAGGCAAUAAGACAUCGACAGAAAGACCAAAGCCAGCACGGAGAGUCACCUCCAUCAACACGGAACUCUCUCAAUCUAUUCGUAAGACAGAAAACCGUCGAAGCUCGUUUAACGGCGUCUCCGGUAACACAACUCCUACGACGCCUACUAAUCCCAACUCCAUCGCCAACAAAAAGAUAAUAGACAACACGGACGCCGCUUUCUUUGAAGAUUUAUUAAAAUUCUUUAUUAGUAUCUUGGAAAUAAGUGGUGAUUUCCCGGCAAUGAUCUCAAGUAUAAAAGAAUAUUUGCACAACAAAAGUCGGGAGCACAAAUCGACAUUUAAAGCCUUGAUAAAACAUAAAGAUAAUCCUGCAUUCGGUUCUAUAAUUGGUUUCUUCUAUGAAAACUCAAUUGGAACGGUGCAGGACAAGCAAGCUGCGUUCACUUCUUACAAGAAAUCCGCCGACAGCGGUGAUGCCAUAGGUCAAUAUUUCUUAGGUCGCUGUUAUUAUUGGGGUCAUGGAAUAAAGACAGAUCGAAAAAAGGCUUUUGAACUACUACAAAAGUCUUCUGAAAAUGGCAACUCGCGAGGUCAAUGGAUGUUGGGAUUUUGCUAUGAACGAGGAUAUGGCACCACCAAGGAUUUGAAAAAAGCGUUUGAGCAGUUUCUGCAUAGUGCCGAAGCGGGUAACGUUACCAGUCAAAUGGAAUUGGGAAGGUGUUAUGAAGAGGGUAUAGGCGUGGAUAAGAAUUUAGGAAAAGCGAUAGAAUGUUACCAGCAUGCCUUUGCUCGGGGACAUGUGUUGGCAAGUAAGAAAAUCGAAGCGUUGAAGAAAGCGCAACGAAGGAAUA